AUGGAACUGAAGCCAAACAGUAUCCGAGACAGAUUGGGUGAUUCUGCUGUAGGCGGUAGCCGACUUGGGGCUAAUUCUAAUGCUCGAGAAGGACGAGUAAUGAUAUACAGUUUGGUGGAGGCUGCUCAAGAAUUUUUGUCUGAAGUUGUUCCACUGGGACAGUUGCAAGUAUCUGUAAGCUCUGCUACUCAUCUAUGUGUUUUUGUUAUAUCAAUUGAUAUAGGGAUGUUGAGGGGCAUGAGGGCAUCGACGGAUGUCUUUGUUUGA